ACUCAUGUUGAAAACAUACACGACAUAUUUGUGUUAUAUUUCGUCCUAACCAUACAGAUGACAUACGCCGAGAUAAAAGAUGUAUGUCAGUGUCACGAUCGUUCUUCGAUAAAGAAUCUCAUUCGUUUAAUUCAAAGACCGAGUGAAUAAACUCAGUCUUCGAGUUUGUUCAAUUUUACGUAAUAGAGUUCAAGCUUCAUGAUACGAUUUUUUUUACGAGGAGAUAAUGAAUGUAGUUAUCUCCUUCGUAACUCCUAAGUCUUGCUAUUAUCGCUAAUCGUCAUAUAUUUACGCGAUUGAUAAAGCGAAACGUGCACGGUGUAAAGAAGAAGAAGAAGAAGAAGAAGAAGAAGAAGAAGAAGACAACAAUUACGACAACGAUUACGAAGGUGGGGAAGGGACGGAGCAGAGGACAGUAAAAAGUAUAUAGGUAGAGUCGGCCAGUUACGGUGUCACAUCAUUGUCGCAAUUGCAAUUCGCUCAAGAAUACAAUCGCCGUCACCUGCUGCAAAAUCCAUCGUCCGUAGAAUCGUUCGUAAAAAUCGCCGGUGCAUCGUUCGCGACAAUGGCCAAAAUAAAGACGGGUCCAGUUGUCGACAUCCUUGGAGAUGAAAUGACACGCAUCAUAUGGGAGUCAAUCAAGGAGAAACUCAUUCUGCCCUACUUAGACAUUGAGCUGCAUACGUAUGACUUGGGUAUCGAAAAUCGGGAUAAAACAAAUGACAAUGUGACAGUGGAAUGCGCGGAGGCAAUAAAACGUUAUAACGUCGGCAUUAAAUGCGCAACCAUUACGCCUGAUGAAAAACGUAUGGAGGAGUUCAAGUUGAAGCAAAUGUGGAAGAGUCCUAAUGGCACCAUUAGAAAUAUCUUGGGCGGCACGGUGUUUCGCGAAGCGAUCAUCUGCAAGAAUAUACCGCGUCUGGUGGUAGGUUGGAAAGAGCCGAUCAUCAUCGGCAGGCACGCGCACGCCGAUCAGUACAAGGCAACAGAUUUCGUAGUACCAGGCCCAGGCAAACUGGAAAUCAUAUGGACUGGCGAUUCUGGCGAAAAGAUUCAAUACACCGUCUACGACUUUAAGGGUCCCGGUAUCGCACAGGCUCAAUAUAACACUGAUGAGAGCAUAUGUGCGUUUGCUCACAGCUCAUUCCAGUAUGCGCUGGCGCGAAAUUAUCCACUUUAUCUGUCUACGAAGAAUACGAUUCUCAAGAAGUACGAUGGUCGCUUCAAGGACAUAUUCCAGGAGAUCUAUGAUAAAGAAUACAAGCAGAAAUUCGAGGCGAAGAAGCUGUGGUAUGAGCAUCGGCUGAUCGAUGAUAUGGUGGCGUAUGCUAUGAAGUCUGAAGGCGGUUUUGUAUGGUCGUGUAAAAACUAUGACGGAGAUGUGCAAUCCGACUCGGUGGCACAAGGCUAUGGCUCUUUAGGUAUGAUGACCUCGGUUCUCUUAUGUCCGGACGGUCGCACGAUCGAGGCUGAGGCUGCUCAUGGUACCGUCACCCGCCACUAUCGUCAGUAUCAACAGGGUAAAGAAACAUCCACGAAUCCGAUUGCUUCCAUCUUUGCGUGGACACGUGGACUGCUGCAUCGCGCCAAGCUCGAUAACAACGUGCGUUUGAAACACUUUGCUGAAACACUGGAGAAAGUCUGCAUAGACACCAUCGAGUCUGGUUAUUUCACCAAGGAUCUCGCAAUAUGCAUCAAGGGUAUGGAUAAGGUCACCAGGGCUGAUUACAUGGAGACUUUCGAGUUUAUGAACAAACUCGCCGACAAUCUGAAGAAGCAACUUACGGCGUGACUCGUUAUUCACGAUGAAAAAUACAUGAGCCUACAAGCCAAGUAUUAAGUUGUUACAUGCAUUACAAAAGAAACAAAGUAAUCUUUUUCUUAUGUGGUUAUGGGAAAUAGAAAACUUUACAAUAAAUUCGUAAUAUAUUUAUAUAAUUACAUUACAUAUAUAUAAAUCUUUCUGUUGCCAUAGUCAAAUCGGUUCCGCGUUAUGCAUUAUAUUUGUGCUUGAUUUAUUUUAGAAAUGUUAAUCAAACUAUCGUUUCGUUGGUAAAACGCGCGAACAAAUCGAUUAUUUAUAUUUUUCUCGUGCUUGCACGUUUUAUAUUGAUUUUAUAUAUAUAUAUAUAUAUAUAUAUAUAUAUAUAUAUAUAUAUAUAUAUAUAUACAUACAUACAUAUAAAAGGUGCAAACACGCGCAAGGUUUGCCAAUGAUUGACUUAAUUUUUCAGUUUGACGAAAUAGGAAUGAUAAACUACACAUUUUCGAUAUUAUUAAAUCAAAAUUAAUCAUAUACAAUUAAUAACAUAUAUUAUAUUUUAAUAUAAAUUGUCGCCAAUAUUGUGGUGACAUUUUAGAAAAUUUAUACAUUUUUUUAAUACCAGAAUUGAUCACAUAUAAAAUAUAUAUAAUAUUAUAAUUAUAUACAUUUUUUUCUUCAAUUAUAACAGGUUGUACACACAUUAAUUUAGAUAGUGCAAUUUACUCGACUGAUGAUAUUAAACGAGUGUAAUAAUUUUUAAAUUUGAAAUUAAAUUUUGAGGAAAUUAAAAA